AUGAUGAAUAGAGGGCUGCGGCUGCCGGCCCUACUGACGGCGGCGAUAUUGAUCGUCGCCCUGGUCGGCGGCCAGUGCAGGUGCUCGAGAACUACGAUAAAUGCCUUCAGAAUCAGACACAAAGGGCAAAAUGGUCAUAAUCCAGCCGACGGCCAUAGUUUCUUCCAGUUGAUGCCCAAGAGAUGGGUGCCGGCCUCCGCCCCCUCCAGGAAACACAAUGACCUUGGCCUACAACGAAGCCAAUGCUCGUCAAAGAGUGGGGGAUUUCCCAGGGGUAGCUCGGCAGGACUGAGAGAAGGCUCGGAUGAUGGUGGCCAAGAUACCAUCGGAAGGAAAGCCGAGGUGGUGUGUUCGUGCGGAGACGGGACUUUCGAAGUCUCAUCAAAGAUGUUGGGUUCGGAUAGAACUCUGCGAUGGACGAGUUCUCUAGGGAGAAAUGGGCAAAGAGAGGACUCUCAUAUCUAA